AGGAGCUAAGGUUCGCGCGGCUGUGAGUUUGUCAGUUUCCUAAAUAUAGCGGAGAGCUUCUGUCUCUGUUUGUUUGCGGGAGUCACUUUGAUAAAAAGCAGUAUUUACAGAAGUAUACAGAGGGCAAGCCAUGCCAAACUGAUACUGGAGUAACAGAGCUACCAGUGGAACUAUGUGUUGAGGACUGCCUGUUGAAGUCUAAACCUUACCUGGAGCCCUCUGAUAUUGUAAUUUGGCUGUUGGAGGAAUUUGUUUUGACCAUGGGGAGGAAGAAGAUCCAGAUCACCCGGAUCGUGGAUGAAAGGAACAGACAGGUGACUUUCAUGAAGAGGAAGUUCGGUCUGAUGAAGAAGGCCUAUGAGCUGAGCGUUCUGUGUGACUGCGAGAUCGCCCUCAUCAUCUUCAACAGCUCCAACAAGCUGUUCCAGUACGCCAGCACCGACAUGGACAAAGUCCUGCUGAAAUACACCGAGUACAACGAGCCCCACGAGAGCAGAACCAACUCUGACAUUGUGGAGGCCCUGAACAAGAAGGAGCACAGAGGCUGCGACAGCCCCGACGCUGACGGCACCUAUGUCCUAGCGCCCCAUACUGAGGAGAAGUACAAGAAGAUUAAUGAAGACUUUGACAACAUGAUGAAGAGUCAUAAACUCACCACCAACCUUCCCCAGCAGAACUUCAUGCAUGGCAGCAUGGCAUACAGCCCCGGAGGAGGAGGAGGAGCGACUUCCCAGGCUCUGGCUGCAGCAACAGCAGCUCUGGCUGACAGUGGGAUCCUCUCCUCGCCUCACACAAACCUCCACAGAAACAUCAACCCCUCACAGAGACCUCCAAGCACUGGAAACACAGGCGAUAUGGCUCUACAAAAUGGAUCUGGGUCUGUAAACGGUUUUGUGGGCUCCCCUGGUGGAGGCAGCUUGGGAAAGAUCCUACCAUCCAAAUCUCCUCCUCUUCCACACAAUAGCCGCAAGACGGACCUCCGAGUGGUCGUCCCUCAGUCCAAAGGAAUGAUGCACACACUGGGCAACCAGAGGCUGAGCAGCAGUCUGUCGACCCCGGUGGUCUCCAUCUCCACUCCCAGUCUGUCCCACCAGAGUCUGGUCUACUCCGGCAUCAGCUCUGCAUACAACAAUGAUUACUCCCUGAACAGUCCCGAGCUGUCGGGCUACUCCCCCCCUACAAGCCUCUCUUUGAGCUCCAUGGCGGCAUGGCACCAGCUGAGCUCACUGGGGUCUGGGAGCUCCAGUCUCUCCAUCAACACCAACCACGACAUCAACAUCAAAGCUGAACCAAACUCCCCGCCCCGCGAUCACCUCAGCCAAUCAGGGUACAUGACCCAGGCUCACGGCCCUGCUCAUCCUCACACCUCCACCAGAGCAGAGAUGGGGAGGUCUCCCGCGGACAGCGUCAGCUCUUCCUGCAGCUCCCACGAGGGCGGAGGCAGCAGCGACCGGGAGGAGCAGCAGAGGCGGGACUUCCUCCCUGUGAGUCGCUCAGAGGGCAUGGAGAGUCCAGCGAUGGUCAAACGAAUGCGAAUGGACAGCUGGGUGACAUAAAGCCUGCAGUCACAUGAUGUCACAACAGCAGGGCGAACACAGGAAGGACACUGUUAUGCAAAUGUAUUUCAUUGAUGUGUUCUGUUAUUUUAUGAAGUUUUAUUUUUUUGUUUUAUUUUGUGGUCAGAUUUCAGAAGUCAGUCUGCAUGUUUUGGAUCCAUCAGAAUUCUUUCAUCAUAGAAUCUUAAAAGGAAAACCUCACCAAUAAAAUGGUAAUUUGGACUUCAAGUAAUCACUCCGUGUUACUUUGGAUUCUUGAAGAACAUGAUAUUUCUUAUCAGUGGUAUGCAAACGUGAGAUUAUUGUUGGUUUUGGUGGUAAAGCAGUGAAAUGCAUCCGGAUGUCUCCCACUGGGUGUCACCAGAUUCAUUUCUGACCUUCUCAGGGUUUGAAACAAUGAACGAGUCCAACAUGAAAGCAAUACUCCGCCAACAUCUCCUAUUUUUUACAAAAAGUACUUAUUUAUAUCAGCCAAAGCAGUAUGCUGUUUUAUGUUGUUUGUGUGAGUUUUUAUAUUGUGCACAGGAUAAGAUAAUACUUCAUUCAGAUUUCAAUCUGAAAGCCAUGGACACUUGUUCUGUAUGUACUUCCAAAAAUGAUGUUUUUGAUUUGUAUAUACUAUCUUUAAUAUAUAUCACUUUUGGUGUAACUCUA